AUGGUGCUUCUGCUGCUGGUGGCCAUCCCGCUGCUGGUGCAGAGCUUGCGCGGGCCGGCGCACUAUGAGAUGCUGGGCCACUGCUGCACGGUGUGUGAUGCACAGGCCUGAGGCCCGGGACCCAAUGGCACCCCGCCAGGUGCCAACGGAGAGGUGAGCUGGCGCCGAAAGGCAGGCCUGCGAGGGCCUGGGACCCCAGGCCUCAGAGGGUCCCUGGGAGAGCCAGGCAGGCCAGGGCCUCCGGGCCCUCCACGCGCAGGCCCGGAUGGUGCCGCGCCCCCUGCCGGCCACGUGCUUGGAAUUGCCUUCUGUGGGCUGUGGCGGCCUCACCAGGGUUAUGAGGGGCUGCGCUUUGACUAUGUGGUGACCGGUGUGGGCAAUGCUUAGGAGGCGCCCAGUGGCAAGUUCACCUGCCCCAUGCCGGGCGUCUACUUCUUCGCUUACCAUGUGCUCAUGCGCGGCGGCGAUGGCACCAGCAUGUGGGCAGAUCUGAUGAAGAAUGGACAGGUCCGGGCCAGCGCCAUUGCUCAGGAUGCGGACCAGAACUAUGACUACGCCAGCAACAGCGUCAUUCUGCACCUUGAUGUGGGUGACGAGGUUUUCAUCAAGCUCGAUGGCGGGAAGGUGCACGGAGGCAACACCAACAAGUAUAGCACCUUCUCGGGCUUCAUCAUCUACCCGGACUGAGCCAACUGGGCCGGGCACCAUCCCCCGCACCGUCAGCCUUGCUCCCCUUUCGCUCCAGUCCUUGUUCACUUCCUGCCGGCCCCGCCCAAGGCGACGACCCAUCCCUUGUGAACCUGGGGGACCCACCUGCUCCUGAGGCAGCCAAAGGGCGGACGCUUAGGGUUCUAGGGUACCGGCUGGGAAGCUGAGGGGCCAGCGGGAGGAAGAGCCAGCAAGGCCCUUGGCAAGGCCCACAUCUGCAAGAAGCGAGGCAAAGCCAGACCAGAACGGCGGAGGUCCAGACCCACUCCUCUGCCUGGACCUGGGAAGCAGCUUCACUAGCCUGGGCUCAGAGGCCCAGAAACUGGAAGGCAUACCAUGGUGGCUUAGGAGGCAAAGAAUACAAACUUGCAGCCAGUAUAGGCGAGAAGAGACACUAGAUUGGGGUAGGCACUGGUCCUCGGUUAUGAAAAUUUUCUCUCGUUGUCCCUUGCUCCCUCAUAUCCCUUUUCAGGCUCCAGGCUCCAGCCUUGACAGCCUUCUUGUGAACUGGAGGUAUUGGUGAAUUCUUUCCUAGCAUUUAAAUUCAUUCUGUACAGUCGCCAUUCCACUCUUUCGGGCCUAGGCCUCAGGGCUAUAGCUGCUGUUACCUCUUCCAAUAAAAUGAGGUUGGGGGA